AUGGCAGCUCAACAGCGACAAAAGGAUAUUGAGGAGCUCGAGCAGUUGAACCUGAAAUACCUAAAUAGCGACCAGACUUCCGAUGUCGCAACUUAUGAAACGUUUCUCGAACCAGGCUUCACAGCAAGUCUUCAAGAUGCGAACAUCUACAACCGAGAGGAGUUUCUCGACAUGAUCUCAAAGCCUCGGCCGUUCACCGAGCUGAAGAGCUACGACGUCAAUAUCGGCAUCUUUGGCGACGGCAACGUUGCGCUUGUCAGGGCGAGAAUGAGCUUCCGCAAUCUGGAGGGCAAGGUGUGCUACGGAAGAUACACGGAUGAAUAUCAGCGCCAGAAUGGAAAAUGGAUUUGCAUUGGGGCGAAUGUCAUCUGCAACGAGAACUAG